UCCCCCAGCUGACUUCAUGGUGCUAAAAUAAUCUUACAAUUUGCACUUUUCACUGCCCAGGAGGACACACAUGUCUAAUAUUUAGACGUGAUGGCAAACUGGGUGGAAGCAAGAACUCUCUUCAUUCUUACUUUUUUAUUAGGGCAAUUUGUCUCAAUAAAAGCACAAGACGAAGGCGAAGAUGAUGGAUAUGACGAAGAAAUAGCCUGCACACAAAAUGGUCAAAUGUACUUGAACAGGGAUAUUUGGAAACCAGCACCUUGUCAGAUCUGUGUCUGUGAUAAUGGAGCUAUUCUUUGUGACCAGAUCCAGUGCCAGGAAGUGUUAGAUUGUGCAGAUCCAAUUACUCCUUCUGGAGAGUGCUGUCCUGUCUGCCCCAAUACAGCUGGUGGUGGCAAUCAUCCAGGUUUUGGUAGAGGAAGAAAGGGACAAAAAGGAGAACCUGGAUUAGUACCAGUUGUAACUGGGAUACGAGGUCGCCAAGGACCAUCAGGACCUCCAGGAUCUCAAGGACCAAGAGGAGAACGAGGCCCUAAAGGAAGACCUGGUGCACGUGGUCCCCAGGGAAUAGAUGGAGAGCCUGGAAUUCCUGGCCAGCCUGGUGCCCCUGGGCCCCCAGGACAUCCAUCCCACCCAGGGCCAGAUGGUAUCAGCCGGCCCUUUUCAGCUCAAAUGGCUGGUUUGGAUGAAAAAGCUGGAGUAGGAAGUCAGAUGGGACUGAUGCCUGGCUCUGUGGGUCCAGUGGGACCAAGGGGGCCCCAAGGCUUACAAGGAAAACAAGGUGGUGUUGGCCCCACAGGCCCUCCAGGUGAACCUGGUGAACCAGGCCCAAUGGGUCCAGUUGGUGCCCGUGGCCCAGAGGGACCGCCUGGGAAACCUGGUGAAGAUGGUGAAGCUGGUAGAAAUGGAAAUCCUGGGGAAGUAGGAUUUUCAGGAUCUCCGGGACACAAAGGUCUUGAAGGCCCUAAAGGAGAAGUUGGAGCUACAGGGGCAAAGGGUGAAGCUGGCCCUACAGGUGCUAUGGGUGCAAUGGGUCCUUUGGGUCCCAGAGGAAUGCCAGGAGAGAGAGGGAGACUUGGGCCACAAGGUGCUCCUGGGCAACGUGGUGCUCAUGGAAUGCCUGGAAAACCUGGACCAAUGGGUCCUCUUGGGAUAACUGGCUCUUCUGGAUUUCCAGGAAAUCCUGGAAUGAAGGGUGAAGCAGGUCCCACUGGAGCACGUGGCCCUGAAGGUCCUCAGGGACAGAGAGGUGAAACAGGAGCUCCAGGGCCAGUUGGAUCUCAAGGCCUCCCUGGAACAGUGGGAACUGAUGGUACACCUGGUGCAAAAGGUCCAACAGGCUCUCCAGGUACUUCGGGUCCUCCUGGCUCUACUGGACCUCCUGGUUCUCCAGGACCUCAGGGCAGUACUGGUCAACCUGGUAUUCGAGGCCAAACGGGAGAUCCUGGAGUUCCAGGUUUUAAAGGUGAAGCAGGACCUAAAGGUGAACCGGGUCCACAUGGUAUUCAGGGACCAAUAGGUCCAGUUGGUGAAGAAGGAAAAAGAGGUCCCAGAGGAGACCCAGGGACUGUUGGUCCUCCAGGUCCAGUAGGAGAAAGAGGCUCUCCUGGAAAUCGUGGUUUUCCUGGUUCUGAUGGUUUGCCUGGACCAAAGGGGGCCCAGGGAGAGCGGGGUCCAGCAGGCUCUUCUGGACCUAAGGGAGGUCAGGGUGACCCAGGCCGUACAGGUGAACCUGGUCUUCCAGGUGCAAGGGGUCUCACAGGAAAUCCUGGUGUUCAGGGUCCUGAAGGAAAACUUGGACCUUUGGGUGCUCCAGGAGAAGAUGGCCGCCCUGGUCCUGCAGGCUCAAUAGGAAUUAGAGGACAGCCUGGGAGUAUGGGCCUUCCUGGUCCCAAAGGUAGCAGUGGGGAUCCUGGAAAACCUGGAGAAGCUGGAAAUGCUGGUGUCCCAGGACAGAGAGGAGCUCCAGGCAAAGAUGGUGAAGUUGGUCCUUCAGGUCCUGUAGGCCCCUCUGGUCUAGCAGGGGAAAGAGGAGAACAAGGUCCUCCAGGCCCUACAGGUUUUCAGGGGCUACCUGGCACUCCAGGUCCUCCAGGAGAAGGUGGGAAGCCAGGUGACCAGGGUGUUCCUGGAGAUCCUGGAGCAGUUGGUCCUUUAGGUCCUCGAGGAGAACGUGGUAAUCCAGGGGAGAGAGGUGAACCAGGAAUAACAGGACUCCCAGGUGAAAAGGGAAUGGCUGGAGGUCAUGGUCCUGAUGGUCCUAAGGGUAGCCCAGGACCCAGUGGGACUCCUGGUGAUGCAGGUCCUCCUGGUCUUCAGGGUAUGCCAGGAGAAAGAGGAAUUGCAGGAACUCCUGGUCCAAAGGGAGACAGAGGUGGACUAGGGGAGAAAGGUUCCGAAGGCACAGCUGGAAAUGAUGGUGCACGAGGUCUUCCAGGUCCACUAGGUCCUCCUGGUCCUGCAGGUCCUACUGGAGAAAAGGGUGAACCUGGACCUCGAGGCUUAGUUGGACCUCCUGGCUCUCGUGGAACUCCAGGUUCCCGUGGUGAAAAUGGUCCAACUGGUGCUGUUGGUUUUGCUGGCCCUCCGGGUCCUGAUGGACAACCAGGUGUAAAAGGUGAACCUGGAGAGCCUGGACAGAAAGGUGAUGCUGGAUCCCCUGGGCCCCAAGGUCUUGCAGGAUCCCCAGGCCCACAUGGUCCCAAUGGUGUUCCUGGACUGAAAGGUGGUCGAGGUACUCAGGGGCCACCUGGUGCUACAGGAUUUCCUGGUUCUGCUGGCAGAGUUGGACCUCCAGGCCCCACAGGAGCUCCAGGGCCUGCUGGGCCAUUAGGUGAACCUGGGAAAGAGGGACCUCCAGGACUUCGUGGAGACCCUGGUGCACAUGGCCGGAUUGGAGAUCGAGGACCAGCCGGACCCCCUGGUGGCCCAGGAGACAAAGGAGACUCAGGAGAAGAUGGACAACCUGGUCCUGAUGGUCCACCUGGCCCGGCUGGAACUACUGGGCAAAGAGGAAUUGUUGGUAUGCCAGGUCAGCGCGGUGAGAGAGGAAUGCCUGGCUUGCCUGGCCCAGCUGGCACCCCAGGAAAAGCAGGUCCAACAGGAGCACCGGGAGACAAAGGUCCCUCUGGCCCUGUGGGCCCCCCAGGUGCCAAUGGUCCAGUAGGAGAAGCUGGUCCUGAGGGUCCUGCUGGUAAUGAUGGUACUCCAGGACGAGACGGUGCUGUUGGAGAACGAGGCGAUCGAGGUGACCCUGGGCCUGCAGGUCUACCAGGUUCUCAAGGUGCCUCUGGAACUCCAGGACCUGUUGGAGCUACAGGUGAUGCUGGACCAAGAGGCGAUCCAGGCUCUCGAGGUCCUGUAGGUCCACCUGGUCGAGCUGGAAAACGUGGUCUACCGGGCCCCCAAGGACCUCGUGGUGAUAAAGGAGAUCAUGGAGACCGAGGUGAUCGAGGCCAGAAGGGACACAGAGGCUUCACUGGUCUUCAGGGUCUUCCUGGUCCUCCUGGUCCAAAUGGUGAACAAGGCAGUGCUGGAAUUCCUGGACCAUUUGGCCCUAGAGGACCCCCAGGACCAGUGGGUCCUUCAGGUAAAGAAGGAAAUGCUGGGCCACUUGGACCAAUUGGACCUCCUGGUAUGAGAGGAACUGUGGGAGAAGCAGGACCAGAGGGUCCUCCUGGUGAACCUGGUCCCCCUGGUCCUCCAGGGCCUCCUGGUCAUCUCACUGCUCCUCUUGGGGAUAUCAUGGGACACUACGAUGAAAGUAUGUCAGACCCCCUCCCAGAGUUCACUGAGGACCAAGCAGCACCUGAUGAUAAAAAUAAAACAGACCCAGGAGUACAUGCGACUUUGAAGUCCCUCAGUAGCCAGAUUGAAACCAUGCGUAGCCCUGAUGGCUCAAAGAAACAUCCAGCACGUACUUGUGAUGACUUAAAGCUUUGCCACCCAUCAAAGCCUAGUGGUCACUAUUGGAUUGAUCCUAACCAAGGAUGUGUUGAAGAUGCUCUUAAAGUUUACUGCAAUAUGGAUACAGGAGAGACAUGUAUUCCAGCAAAUCCAUCCACUGUGCCUCGAAAAACAUGGUGGACCAGUAGAUCUUCUGAUCACAAGCCUGUUUGGUAUGGCCUCGAUAUGAAUAGAGGAUCUCAGUUUGUAUAUGGAGAUAGCCAAUCACCCAAUACGGCUGUUACUCAGAUGACCUUUUUGCGUCUUUUAUCAAAAGAAGCUUCCCAGAAUAUCACAUAUAUUUGCAAAAACAGUGUUGGCUACAUGGAUGACCAAGCCAAGAAUCUCAAGAAGGCUGUAAUUCUCAAAGGGGCUAAUGACCUCGAAAUCAAAGCAGAAGGAAACAGUCGGUUUAGAUACACUAUCUUAGAAGACACUUGCACUAGGCGUAAUGGAAAUGUGGGCAAGACUGUCUUUGAAUACAGAACACAGAAUGUGGCACGUUUACCCAUUGUAGACCUUGCCCCUGUGGAUAUUGGCAAUACAGACCAGGAAUUUGGCAUUGAAAUUGGAUCGGUUUGUUUUGUGUAAAACAAGAUGAGAUCAAUCAACAAUGACCACCAUCAUCAACCAUGGCCACCACCCUUACCAAGAACUUAGACUGAUUGAAAUUGAUCCUGAGACUCUUGAAGUAAUGGCUGAUAUUACAUCAGCACUGUAUAUACAAUUCUUCCUAAAUGCCUGGCCUCCUUCAGAAUAUUUAUUUUAAUUACAAACCUCCAGUUUUAAGUGAUUUUAGACAACUUUGAGUGCAGCAGUCCGAUUUUAAAAGGACCAGUCAAUGACCACCUUAGAAAAAAAAAAAAAGAAUCAACUUUGAAAGCAAUAGGUCUCAGUUUUUGUUCAGUUUAUUUCCGUGUAUUGUACAUGUUGCAUACUACUUCUGAGCAAGCUAUUCUUCCUGAUAGCUAGCUUAAAGAUUGGUAUACAUAAAAUUAGGAUGAAAUGUUUCUUUUGCUUGACUGCCAUUUUAAAUAACAGAAAAGUAGAGCACUUUUGUGACCUCUCAAUCCCAGUAUAUAGAGUACAAUCACAUAAGCUUUGGACCUGUAGAAAUGACACCCGUAUCUCUCUUCAGAUGUUCAUAUAUCAAAUCAUUUUAUUCUCUAUUUUAAAAGCUAUUAAAGAAGUCAAAUUCAUUUCUCAUUACCUUCACGAAAUUGUUUAAAUAGCCUCCUUCCAUGUCAUCAAUGUCAUCAAAGUCAAAUAAAUUGAGCAUCCUAAAUUUUUAUGAAGUGGUAAAAUAUGAGUAUGUAAUUCAGCUUGUCUUUUGUACACUCUUGAGCUUCAAAGGUCCUUAGUCUCUUCCUGGCACACUUACCUGAAUCCCAUUAAUGCAGAUGAUAUUAUCCGUGUGUCUCUGAGGAAGAAUGUCUUUGUACUCUCCUAUUUAAGCAGCCAUUGGAUUCCACACAACAGAAUACACAUACAUGUUCCAUCUGUUUCCAGCCUCCAUAUGUUGGGAUCGAUUUAUUCAUAUUCUCAGUAGACUGACAUAUGAUGAAGAAGAAAGACAGUUUGGAAACUCAAGAGUUGUGAAUAUGACUCUUUCUUUAGUCAAUAACAGGUCAUGAAUAGUCAGUAAUUCUGGUCUUUGCAUUCUGUGAGACAAAGUGACCCAACAUUUCUUAGCAUGAGCUACCUCAUCUCUAGAAGCUGGGAUGUAUUGAAUAUCCUUAGGUUUUUAUUUUUGUUUCUUAGAUACUAAAAGGUGCUAUGCUUCUGUUAUUAUUCCAAGAAUGGAGAUAGGCAGGGCAAAAACAUUUUUAAAAGAAGUGAUGGUGCUAAAAUUCCUUCUGUAAAGCUUUUACAAAUAAAGAUGAUUAUCACCAAAUAACAUUUUGAAAGAGUAUAGAUGUUAGACUUCCCAUGUCUGAAAGAGCAGUGUUACGAUGUGUUUUCACUGUUGGUCUGUCACAUAGUCUAUGGUAUUGUAAAGCCUGUGUGUUUAAUUAGAUGAGAACAUGCAGAUGACCACUGCUUCAAGGUUUUUAUUUCUGUUUCUUUUCUGCAUUUGUUUGCUCUAAUUUCUUUCCUUUUUAAUUUGUUCCUUUAAAAGUAAACAACUGGGACCAUCCCAAAAAAACAAGCCAUGCACAGAGCUUUAGUCAUGUAUCUCUGCAAAGCAUUUAAUUAAAUACUUGCUUCUUGUCAUGUCAA